AUGGCCGCGGAGCUCAACAGUCUGGCUAUUCAUCCCCCUCUAUUCGUCGAUUCGAGGAAUCAGCAAAUGGGCUACUAUCUUACCCAGUUCGAUAUUCUUGAAGAAGGCUUGCAACAUAUUCUGGAGUAUCGAUGUAAUACACACGCGGGGCAAGCUCAUGUUCUUGCUCAAGCUUUAGGAGCAGGACUCAUUGUGCAGAAAGGCCAGUUGAUGAGGGGGCUUAACGACAGAUCCAGACCAGAAGCCGAGGGUGUUCAUGAGGCGGAGGGUGCAUUCUUGGGGGCUGCCGCAUUCCUGGAGCAUAUCGCAUCUCUAUAUGAGCACUCUCAGAGCAAUGGGUUUAGUUGGUUCGCGGAUUUUAACUUCCAGUACGACAUCCUGCUCUACGUGGUUGUACUUCUCGGGCAGAGAGUUGAUCACUAUAUGGGGGACCGAGCAUGGGAAAACAUUGCGACUAUUUACCGAUUUCGCCCUGGACUUUUGGAGGCCUCCGAAAGAUCUUGCUUAGUUCUCGGCCAGGCUGUGCUGACGGCGUGGGCGAAAAGACGAGAUUUUCACUCCAGCUCCGGGUUAUCUUGCGAAGACCCCGAAUACAUCGUUGAGCUGCGAGCACAAACUCGAUUGAAUGAUAACAUCGGAGAUGAGGACUUCCCAUUCAUCGUUACAAACUCUGGAAUCCCAGCGCCCUCUGAACCUCAGGAAUGGCGGUACCCGCUGGGGGUUGACAACGGGGUUGCUACUAAUAUUGAAGACGGGGAGCUGCCGUUUAUGGACACAAUCACCUCGAAUUGGGCAUUCUUAACUCCCAUAACUGAGCCUCGAAGCAGAUCACACGGUAAAGACCUAGAGCCUGCAAAUACGCCGUAA